AUUGUCGUAUGGCCCAUUUGUUAUGAUUUAAAACUCGUUUGUACAAUUAUCACAAAAAAUUAUUUUACUUCCUCAAUUAUUAAACCAAAUUACAAUGGUUAUGUAAGAAGUGAGAAAAAAGCAGUGUUUCUUCCGCCAUGGAGCAUGUCUACGCGCUCGGCGUAUCUUGCAUAGAGUCCAUACAGUACUGGUGUGCAGGCUGGUCCAGUUAUUUCGAGUUAGUAAACCACUUUGCAAACCCACACUAUGUGAUGGAGAUCUUGUUCCCUCUGAUCUCCAUAAUAGACUCAGUGUUUGCCUCACAGCUGCUCCUUUGUAUGGCAUUUGGUGGAUGGCUGAACAGUGUUAUGAAAUGGUGGUUAUUAGAAGACCGUCCAUACUGGUGGGUCCAUGAGACCACAUACUAUGCAAACUCCCACCAUCCACAACUGCAACAGACCCCACAGAGCUGCGAGACCGGUCCGGGCAGCCCCUCCGGACACAGUGUUACUGCGGCUUCCAUUCUCAUACUAGCUGUCAUGUGGACCUCACAUAUUCUCAACGACAGGAAGUGGGAUGUUCGAUGGUGGAAAGCGUGCGUGUACCCGUUGUUCGGCGCGGCGCUCGGCUCGGUCAUGCUCGCGCGCAUGUUCGUCGCCACGCACUUCCCGCACCAGGUCCUGCUCGGCUCCUUGCUAGGUCUAUUCAUGGCGCCAGCGCUAUGCAUCUACGUCACGGAUCCGUUCAUCUGGCGUUACAGCACGCACAGCACCAUGCCAGUGAAGGAGGCAGUAGUGUGGCACGCGGCGUGUGCCGGCCUGGCGAUGGCGAUCGCUGUGCUCACCUACUGCAGUCUGAGGCUGUGCGGUAUUGAUCCAGACUUUACUGUGCAACUGGCAUACCGCUGGUGCGAGGCCCCUGACAGCAUCCACGUGUCCACGACGCCGUUGUAUGCGCUGGUGCAGUGCACCGCCAGCCUGCUCGGCUGGGCGCUCUGCGUCACACCCGCCGUCGCUGAGUACCGUCAUUACACAAAAAACCGAUCGCUACUAGUAUCGAUAUUCGCGACCGGAAUAUCGAUAUAUUUACUGAAACGUCUAGACGCGAACAUCACUAGCACUAGUGGUGUGAGUUUCUACGCACUGCAGUUUAUAUUGAACGUUAUUAAACCAGCUUUGUUGCUUAGGGUUGUACCUACUUUGGCCAUGUGGCCGUAUUGUAGCGGAAAGAAACAAAAAAAUCUAUAAAAAAUCGGUUUUAUAGUGCAAAAAAGCAAACACUUCAAUAAUUAUAACAUUACAUUACUAACACUUUGAUAAGUCGCAUCGGCAAAAUGGGUUUGCGCAGAAAAGCGUCGACUAAAACCGAAUGUACACCAAUGAAAUAUAGACCUUAUUGCUUGACGUUAAGAUUUUAAACGCAAGAGCAAAAGAGACUCAUGCUAUCUCACUCAUAAUUCGCGCGAAACAUGCAACUACCAAUAUAGAUAUUUCACAAAAUACUUGAUGUAAAUGUCAUCAGUAGCUUAUUAUAAUGCUUCUACAAUAAUUACUGACAGACAAAUAAAAAUAGAAUAAAUAAUAAUAUGUAUAAAUAGAAUGAUACUGCUCAAUGUUAUCGAUAAAAUUGAUACGUAUUUUCGUCACUAAAAUCGAUAGCGCAUAAAUACUGAUAUUUCAGAUUUCAGUCACAAAAAUCGAUAUUUCAUCGAUAUCAUUAUUAUAAAUUAGUCGUGUUGUAAUCGAUGCAAAAAAAUUGGUUGUCUGUGAAGUCAGUU